AUGUCCGUAACACUGGCGGACCCGUACCGAGGCUUCGCGAUCAACUUUUCCCACGCGGACAAGCCCGAUGACCAUGAUAUCAUUGCCUACGAUGCUCGGAACAAGUUGAACGGGCUUCCCUUCCAGCCCGGCUGCUCCCAUUCUCCCUAUGACCAGCACCCUCAUGCGGCAACGCCGCUGUUGCCCCAUCCGGCACCUCAGACCAACAGCUUCAAUGAUCCGCAGCCGAGCUAUGCCCCGGUUCAUCAGAUGCUCCCGCCUCCGCCGCAUUAUGGCUAUGAGCUCACGCCACCGCAAGACAAUAGGAAACGCAAGCGGUCAAGGUCCGGCGGCGAAGGCGAUAGCGGCCGCAAUGUGAGUCGCCACCUUGGACCCCGAGAGCAUCUACCAGCCCUGGCUCUUGAUGGAAUGGGCACUGGAAUGGGUACUGCCGCCGAACAGUCGGACAUGCUGUUCGCUGUUCACACUGGUCCUUCCACGUCGCUUCCGCCUUCGAACCAGAUCUACCCCUCUCCGAUUGCUCUCCCAGCCCCGCAGCAGCAUCACCACCACCGUCUUCCUCUCCAGCUAUUAGAUGCCCAUGCUGCCUCGUCCGCGAUACUGGGAGCUCCCCCAACCGUGGUAGGUCAGCCGGGCAUGCCAGACCCGGCACCUCGACCCCGGGGGCCCAAGCUCAAGUUCACGCCCGAGGAGGAUGCACUGCUGGUAGACCUGAAAGAGGAAAAGAAUCUGGCGUGGAAGCAAAUUGCGGACUUUUUCCCGGGACGAACGAGUGGGACAUUGCAGGUGCGGUACUGCACGAAGCUCAAGGCAAAGGACGUGGUCUGGACGGAUGAGAUGUUAUCACGACUUCAGCACGCGCUGAAUGACUAUGAGCAUGACAAGUGGCGAAUUAUUGCGGGGAAGGUUGGCAAUGGAUUUACACCAGCCGCGUGUCGUGAGCAGGCUUCGCAUUUCCAGUCGUUCCAGACUCUCCAGGGGGUGCAGCAGGUUCAGCAGGUUCAGAGGGCCCAGGAUGCCCAGGAUGUCGAUGCUUCGGGCUCACCUCAGAGUGGAGAUGGUCUCCGAGUAUAG